CUUCAUCUUCUUACGUCUCUCGGACGAACACCAACACAGCAGAUCAGCUGAGUCUGAGAAAUGUCUCUUUGGAUCUAUUGUUCUCGGUGGCGCACUAAGUAAGGGACUAAUUCAAAAGCUGUUGGAUGAUGCCACUUUGUCACUCAAUGAGGACAUCUGUGCAAGUACCAGGAAUAGCUAUGAUAAACAAGACACUUGUCAUCGCUCUUAUGCUUAUUUCCAUCGUCAACUGUGUCUCAGGAGUGGGUGUCCCUCAGGUUAACAAACUAUCUGUGGAUGUUCAGGAUGGUGAGGUGGUUGUCCUUUGGAAGCAAACCCAAAACGCAACGUCUGACAUCCAGUACAAUGUGCAAAUGGCAAAGCUUGCUGGUGAAUGGGCCAUGGUGCUCAGCUGCACAGGGAUCACAAAGACCUACUGCGACCUAAGUGAACUCAUACAUGACUACGUCACUGGCUAUAAGGUCAGGGUUCAGACAGUACACAAAAACCAGACAUCAGCAUGGAUGGUGAAGAAAUUCCUCCCAAAUGCAAGCAACCUGCAGCCUCCUUCCUUCACGUUAUACGCUACCUCCAGCAAGAUCACGGUUCAUGUUCAUCAAAAACCCAUCCUCAGAAAGCUCUUUCCCUUUGGGGUCACAUACGUCAUCCACCUAGAGGAAAAAAGCAGAAAUGACAACGUGGAUAUGAAAGAGACAACAGCGUACCUGACAGAGCAUGUGGAUCAGGGGUCUAUAACCUUCACUUCUCUCCGGUGGGGGGUCGAGUACUGCGUCAAAAUCAUGGUGGAGGGAAACGGUGCUUUGUCCAGGAGCAAUUUGUCCCCAGAACGGUGCCUACUACUUCCAGAGCAAGAAUGGUUCAUAAUUUCGGUGUCAUCCCUGACGACUCUGGGCGUGUUGGCUGUCGCCGCCAUUUUGGCAAUCGGCCUCCUUUGCCACCUGAAACGUCCAGCGAAAACGCCUGCUGCAUUGAAAUCCCCUGUGCAUGGCUGGCACCCGCUCACUGUCGAAGAAGGGCCUAUGGAAGUGGUCACAGACAAAGGUUGGUUCUUGUCUGGCCGUGGCGCUAAAGUGAAAAACUGCGCAGAAUUCUCUCAAAACAAGGCCGCACUUUCGGAGGAACACGACAGGAGGACAAGCCUGGACAGCGGCGUUAGCGUGGAAUGCAAUGCUACGGAACAACAUACAAGAAGUUCUCCAAGGAGACAAGAGGACAGUGGUUGUUGGAGUAUGGGAGGGACAGUGUAUCCCCAGCAGCCUGACGCAGUUCAGAAAAGGAGGGAGGAUAGCGGGGUGGGACUCGGGUGCCGAUUGGAAUCCUCUACCAUGAACACGAUUGGACAGGAGAGCAGAUGCCUCAAAGAAUUUGACAGUUAUCGCAGGCAGAACCCCGCCCUGCAGAGUCACCACCACGAGGCGUCUAAGCAGAUCCAUCCAUGUCCAGUCUUGGCCAAAGUGGUCUCGGGCUACCGGGCAGGUCCUCAGUCCUGUAUCUGCUCAGGUGCAGCUAAGUGCUCCUGGUGCCUCAAACGCAUCGUCUACGAGGCUGAAACGAUCCAACAGCACAGAAGCGCGCUGAGCAAAGGCUUUUCAAAUGAUACAAGAAAGACACGGAUAGAAACAACAGACGCGUUCCCUCUGCUAACAGCUCUGACACAAGAGAUGGACCUCAACAUGAACACUUUGGCCAUCUCGCUUCGUGACGUACAGCUGGAUAACAACUGACUCACUAGGGACACCUUUCAAAAUAUGCUGACAAAAAAAUAACUGCUGCUUUAGAAUACUACUCCAUUCCUUUCUGCCUAUCUGAGUUAGUUUGGAGGAGUGAAGAAAAAAAUUGCGGGUAGGAAAUACGGCAAAUACAUGCUUUUAGGAGGGAAAUGUACAAGUAAAGGAGCUUUCAGACAGAAUGUCACAUCUGCUGAAAAGGAAGUGGGCCAGAAGUGAAACCGUUGAGGGUAUUUACACGGACAGUGUGACAUUGUUUGUUUCGUGGCCUUUCCUAAACUCCUACAGGCAGAAACUGUCAAAAGUGUCUUGAGAUUGGAUUUUGAUUAUGUCAUGAGGCAGCGGCAUUUUUCAUAUUUAUUAUACUUAACCCUUACAUACUGAUCAGAUCAAAUUUAGCCUGUUUUGACAUUUGACAGCUAUAUAUAUAUAUAUAUAUAUAUAUAUAUAUAUAUAUAUAUAUAUAUACACACACACACAUACAGUAUAUACUGUAUAUAGGGAUAGGAAUCUCGCCAUAAAUGUGUGUUUUGUUAUGGGAGUGGUAACAGAAUCAUUGACCUGUUGGUCUUCAAAAUGUCAUGGGGGAAUCUUGAAAGUGUAAAACAGCAUAAUAAUGAUAUUUUAACAUCUUGGGCUACAUUGUCUUAUCAGACAUUGUUUGAUAGAUGUUUUUUAUUCCAAAAUGAGUGGUGUAAAAAAUACAUUUUCCCUUGCCUCUGAAACACUGAUUAAGGAUUAAUCAUCAAUUUAUUAUUGUCACGCAGGCUAUUUACACAUUUUAGUGCAUAAUUUGAUAUCGACAAUUAUGAUAUGGACAUUAUAGGCCCAGGUCAAAACUGACCAUACAUAACAUACAAUAUGCGCAUGGAAAAUGAAUAGUAUGUAAGGUUUAAUUCUGUAAGAUUGUCAUUAUACUGUAUGUGUCGUCUUUCUCUGUUUGAAAUAUUUAUUAGAGUGUUAAAUACAGACUGUGUGAAAUAAAAAAAACAACUAGA